UUAUACCGACUACCGAGGUAUAUAUAACACACGGUUGUGUAAUGCACACGUUUCUUUUCCACGUCCGAUAGUUAUCACCGCGUCUACCACGCACGCGCGCCCCGGCCCCGGCGUCUCACGCGCACAAACCCGUCCACCAGCCGCCAAUAAGCACGUCUUUCGCGUCCGUCCGAAUUUUACCGUCGUCGCCGGCCGGCCGCGCCGCUUCGCCCGAAUUCGAUUCAGUAUCGCACGCGGACCUAUCCUCGCCGCUUCCGGUCCGGAUUCCCGGUAUCGGCAACACAAGCAGUAGCCACAGCUACAUACUUAUACAAUAAUAAGUAAUUACAGUUAUUGCCAAUAGCCGUUCGUCAAAGGCGCCGUCGACACGGCGAUGAUGAUGUCGUUGUUGUCGUCGACGACGACGGCCCCGACGGCCAGCGCCGUUGACGCCGCCGCCGGAACGGGCUCGUCGUCGCUGACGGUGACGGCACUGUCGGUGGCGUGCGCAGCGCUCGCGCUGAUCUUGGUGCUCAUGUGCGCGUUGGACUUGCCGUAUUUCUUCAGGUCGCUGUUCAGUUACGUGGCUGCGACGUGCAUCAAGAAGAAGCUCCGGGUCACCGACACGGCCGUAUACUCGUCCGUGUGCCUGACCACCGACCUGGACGUGUACCUGACGCACAUGAACAACGCUCGGUACCUGCGCGAGAUCGACUUGGCCCGCAUCGAGUUCCUGCUGCGCACCGGCCUGUGGCAAGAGCUCCGGCGCCGCGGCGGCCUCAUAUUCACCAUAUCCAACAGCGUCCGGUACCGCAAGUUUGUGCGGACGUUCAGCCGGUACGAGAUCCGGUCAAGGAUCGUGUACUGGGACGACAUGUCCAUAUUCUUCGAGUUCCGGUUCGUGUCCAAGGCUGACGGUUUCAUCCGGGCCAUCGUGUACAACCGGCAGAGGGUCGUUGACUGCAGCGCGGACGAGCUGAUGCGCACCGUAAUCGGUGGCGGUCCGUCGGCGGCCGCCAAGACUGCGGACGCCGACAACGCGUACCGGCGACCCGAGUGUCCCAUCGAGAUACAUCACUGGAUACAGUCCAACCUCAUGUCCAGCGCCAUCCUCAAGGCCGAGAUGGGCGACGGUGACCCGCUGUAGUGCAUGCGCGUUUGGGCGCGUAACAUAAUAUACCUAUCGCACCUUAGGGUGUAAGGUCCACUCAAUGUUUGGGCGCUCACACAUUAUUUCCCUACAUAUUACCUCUAGCACGUUUGGGCGCAUCUAAUCGCACGAGUUUGUUGUGGCGUUAUAGGUACCCGCGGGAGUCGCGCAAGUUCACGAGAAGGUCUGUAUAGUCUCUCAACAAUUUUAUGUUUGCACUUUUUUACUACUUGUUAGUACCUAUUAUAGACUAUAUCUACAACCAUAGUACUUUCUAUUAUUAUCUGUACUCGUGAGUUCUGACGAUGGGUGAUAAUUUGUAUACAUUGUUUUAUGUGGUGAAUUAAAUAUUUUUUCACACCUGAUUGUUCUUCAGUGUAUUUUUUCAAUUUUAACUUUAAUUCUUCAUAAUUUUUUUUUUAUGUAAUUGAAUUCUUGAAUCUUUAAUUUUACACCGUAGGUACCUAACGUGUUUACAAAACAAACAAUGCACCCAAACGUGGUGUACGCCCACACCGCAGUAUACUACAGGCUGCAGCUGCAUCUGCACCCAAAGAUGCACUUCACAACGGAUCUCGCGCGUGCAGAGGGAUUGUAUAUUGAAUAUUAUUGCUUUGUUAGAGGGCUCGAUUGGUUUUUAUCUUUUUUUUACAAAAAAAAAAUUAUAAAUUUUAUCGAUUGUACUGUCAAAAAAAAAAAAAAACAAUUAUGAAAAUAUCAUAAUAAUAUUAUGACCGUAUGCUUACCAACUAGUGAUUUUAUUAUUAUUAUUAUUAUUAUUAUUAUUAUACUCAUCUGUACCUUGAACGUUCUAGUCUCGUUAAACUGCCUUUUAUGUAAUAUAAUUUUAAUUAUGUUCAGGUACGUCUGUAUAUUAUAGGUAAUAAUACUAUUGAUUAUAAAUACUCGUGUUUAUAUGUCUUAGUAGGUAAUGAUAAUAUUAUAAAUAACGACGUCCGUUUUACCGGCGAUGUAUUUUGAUUUUUGAUACAUUUGACGUUAACAUAGACAAUAAAUGUAUAAUUUUAUUUUUA